AUAGCUAAAGUAAAAAAAAAAGAAUAAUGUUGAUUAAAGUAAAAACAUUAACUGGAAAAGAGAUUGAAAUAGAUAUAGAACCUAAUGAUAAAGUUGAAAGAAUAAAGGAACGCGUUGAAGAAAAAGAAGGAAUUCCACCAGCACAACAGAGGCUCAUAUUUAGUGGAAAACAGAUGAAUGAUGACAAAACAGCACAAGAUUAUAAAGUAUCUGGUGGUUCUGUACUUCAUUUAGUGUUAGCGUUAAGGGGUGGAUAAUAACUGUUUUUGUGUAUUUUUUGUAUAUAUUUAUGAAAUAGUUGCAUGCCAUCUUAAAA